AUGGCGGUCCCCGUACGCCCAAAGCUCAAAACCGCCUUUAAGAAGGCUCGUGUCGUUGCCCCUCUAUAUACCGGGGGACCCGUAGCAGUGGCCGGUGAUGGAAGCAAACUGUUCAGCUGUGUUGCUGAAGAUGUGGUCAUGACGGAUAUUGCCUCUGGCACGGAGAUGUGUCGGUUUGCUGGCGAUACGGAAUCUGUCACCGCACUUGCAGUAUCUCCUUCGUCAAACCAUCUCAUAAUGUUCACUUCCUCCCUAUCGCUCCGGGUGUACGAAGUUCCCGAGGCUACAGCAGAUACAUCGAAGCCAAUACGACCUGUGCGUGUAGUGUCUCGGGCACACGACGCUCCCGUCCAUGUGUGCAAGGUGGAUCCGACGUCUAGUUACGUCGCAUCUGGCUCUGCGGAUGGCGUGGUCAAAGUUUGGGACGUUCGUCGGGGGUACACGACCCAUAUAUUCAAAGGCCAUGGCGGGGUGGUCAGCGCCUUGACAUUCAGUUACCCUCGGGAUCCUUCUGCCGUGACCUUACCCAAGAUGCACUUGAUUACCGCGUCGGUCGACACGCGGAUCCGCAUCUUCGAUCUCUCGGCCUCGGUUUCUCGCAACGGAAGCUUCAAGGCAGAGCAUAUCCUCGAAGGCCACGUUUCCGUUCCUCGUGGGCUCGACGUCACAGCUGAUGGGAAAUGGCUCGUCAGUGGCGGACGGGACUCGGUGGUCCUUCUUUGGGACUUGUCGUCUCUUGCUGGGAAUUCCAACAAGCCAAAAUCCAGUAAGGCGAAGGGCAAAGAGAAGGCGAUGGUCCCUGCCUUGAUGAAAACCAUCCCCGCUCUCGAGCGGGUUGAGGCUGUCGGGCUGUUAGCCCCCUCAGAAGAGCUAGGGGGAACGUCGACCGGCACUGAUAAGAUACGCUUUUACACCGGCGGAGAGAAGGGUGUCAUCAAAAUAUGGGACGGCCAGAGCGGAUCCGUAAUGCACACGUUUGGCUCUGAGUCUGAACUCGCCAGCGACGAGGAACAAGAAGAGCAGCGUCAGAUCGUCAACGCCAUCUACGUGCCGGCAACGUCCACUAUAGUAUCAAUACACGCCGACCAGAACAUCCUGUUCCAUUCUCUGUCGACGAAGGCUUUGACUAGGCAGCUGAUCGGUUAUAACGACGAGAUCGUAGACGCGACGUUCCUCAGUGCCAGCGCGAAUGACCCAUCCGGCGUUGACUCGCACAUCGCGUUGGCAACAAACUCUUCCCUCAUUCGCGUCUACUCGACCUCACAAUCGGACGCCCGCUUACUCGAGGGUCACAGCGAUAUCGUUCUCUCACUGGACCACAGCGCUCGUGGAGACGUUUUAGCCAGCGGCAGCAAAGACAGGACCGCCCGACUAUGGAGGCCUGCACAAUAUAACAGAGAGAAAGCUGGGGAGUGGGGCUGGCGCUGUGUCGCAAUCUGCGAAGGCCACGCCGAGAGCGUCGGAGCAGUAGCGUUGCCGCGUAAAAGCGACGAGGAACGGCCUCGCUUCCUGUUCACUGGCAGCCAAGACCGCACCAUCAAAAUGUGGGACUUGCUGCCUCUUGGCCCAGACACCAUGACGGAGGAUGCCCUCAAGUGCAAAAGUCUUACAACACACAAAGCGCACGACAAGGACAUCAACUCCCUCGAUGUAGCCCCGAACGAUCGCUUCCUUGCGUCUGGAUCUCAGGACAAGACGGCGAAAGUAUUUGAGAUUGACUAUGUCGUCACCGGCACAGGGUCGGUUCGCGGCGAGAUCAGGCUCGUCGGGACAUGCAAAGGACACAAACGAGGGGUGUGGACCGUACGGUUCGGCAGAGCGGAGCGGGUGUUGGCCACCGGAAGCGGAGAUAAGACGGUCCGAUUGUGGAGCCUCGAAGAUUUCUCAUGCGUGAAGACGUUCGAGGGGCACACCAAUUCCGUGCUGAGGGUCGACUUUUUGAACGCCGGCAUGCAGAUGGUCAGUGCGGCGAGCGAUGGGUUGGUGAAGAUAUGGAACGUGCGUGAGGAGGAAUGCACAGUAACACUCGACAAUCACGAGGACAAGGUGUGGGCACUUGCUGUCAGCAGGGAUGAACGGACCAUCGUAUCUGGCGCGGCCGACUCAGUGGUGACGUUCUGGGAGGAUUCUACCGAGGAAGAAGAAGAAGAGAAGGAGAAGAAGCGGGCGGAUAUGGUUUUGAAAGAGCAAGACUUCCUCAAUUACGUCUCGCUCCACGACUAUCGAAAUGCAAUUUCGCUCGCUUUGGCAAUGGAGCAGCCCGGUCGCCUCCUGAACCUUUUCAAGCAGCUGCGCUCCAACAGGGAAGAUGAUUCGGACAUGGUGCCUCCCACGGAUUGCAUCACAGGCCAUCCUACCGUCGACGAGGUCAUCCGCACGAUGCACGGCUCUGAGCUGACGAAGCUCCUGAAGUACGUCCGUGACUGGAACACGCAUGCGAAGACAAGCGCCGUGGCGCAGGGCGUGUUGUUCGCCGUGGUCAAGCUCCGGAGCGCGGAGGACAUUAUGGGGGCCUUUACCGCCGGCGGCGUGGGUGAUUUGCUGAGCGAUAAGGCCGGCGCGGGGAGCACGGCCCUGAAGGAGCUGAUUGACGCCCUGAUCCCUUACACGGAACGUCAUCUGGCGCGCAUGGAACGGUUGGUGCAGGAAAGCUAUGUCGUGGACUAUCUGCUGAGCGAGAUGGACGACGGGAUGUUCGAUGAGGUCGGCGCGGAGGAAGAGAGCGACGGAAUGGACGUCGACGACGGCGAAUGGGAGGGCAUCGCCGCAUAGGCCAACGCGUCGUGGCCGGUGCGAGCGCUAGGCGCUCUCCUGGUGUGGAGCUCGGACGUGAAGGCGGCCUAUUUGACAGCCUUGCACUGCGUUGAAGAGCAGCGCCGUUUCGCCUUCGAUCAAGGCUUCCUUCGUCAACACUCGUUCUGCGUCUUCCUCGAUGUGACGGUGUUCCAGUAACCACCGGCGCAUGACGCCCGGGAGGCAACCAGUGGACGCAGACGGCGUCAGCCACCGUCCGAAGCGAAAGAGGGCGAUGUUGCAGAUGGAGGUCUCGGUGAUCUCUCCUGCGAGAUUGUACAGCAGGACAUCGCGGGGAGGACCGGCGGUGCCCAGCGGAGGAAGGUGUGCCCUUGCGCGGGCAGCGUCGUAGUGAUCCCUGCUUGUUGUCUUCGUAGUCGUGAGAAUAGAGGAUGGCGUGCUUUGGGAAUCGAGGACGACGGCGACGAUCGCUGACGGCGAGGUGGGCGCGAGAUCAGGGCGCGGGUCGAGGCCGGGAGCUCUGGAGAGCGGCGCGGCGGAGGCGUGGCACUCGCCGUUCUGGGAGAGGAGGAUGCGGACCUGGGGGCGUGCCCGGACGAUCAGACUCAACGAUGCGCGCCCGUGGAUCACGACAGUCCCGAGCUUUUACCUUGCAGGCGCCGUGCUCGCCUUGGACAGCUUGGUCGCACAGCUCCUCCAGCUGCUCGCGGG